AUGUUCACCAGGGAUCAAGUAGAUUUGCAAGGUUGGUCUGGUUAUUUCAAUAGGCUCUGUGGUCCUAUCUAUUACAAGUUAGUUGUGGAAUUCUGGAAGAAUGCUGUUUGCAACGACUACUAUGUCGUUUCUCAUGUAUUGGAUAGGAAGAUUGUUAUUUCUGAGGAAUCCAUUGCAAAAUUGCUGGGAAUGGAAUUUCAACAGGGCAAGAGAAUCAAAAAUGUGGAUGCUAAUGUUCCUGGCAUGAGGAAAUUAGUAAAUAAGGCCAUUUAUGACAACUGGUCUUUGGAGAAGACAAAGUAUAGCAUAAAGGAAUUGAAGCCAACAGGUGAGCCUGUAUGUCUUCCAUUUCUACUCUUCAACUAUCUGAAGGAAUGUGUUGAGAAGUCAAGAACUACUGUAAUUGAGACUAAGAGGUCUAUCUCCUACAUUCCUUAUGGCAGGCUGCUCUCAGAUAUCUUCACCCAGAAUAAACUGGUCAAGACUUUGUCUGACCUCGGACUUCAUGAGGAUCUGGCUAUGUCCAUUGGAGAAGCUCUCAAUGGGACUAAGUUGAAGAGAAUGCAGAUCAUUGACAAAGUUCAAGUUGAACCUGUUGAAGAAUCAACUGAAGAGGUUCGUCACAAGAACCAACCUAUUGAUGACUACCCUCUCUGGUCUAAGAAGGAUAAUCCAGCCAGCAUUCUGGAAUAUGUGAGAAUGCUCAGAAGUAAAAGAGAUCCAAUCACUCUCGAGGAAUUCAUCAAGAGUCUUCCUGAUAGUCCUCCUGAAGUACCAACAAGGAGGUCCAAGAGAACAAUCAGCAGCAAGCCUUCAGAUCCCAAAGGCAAAGGCAUUUUGAUAGAGGAAACCAAGAAGAUGAAACCAGCAUCAAAAUCUGUAGUCAUCAGGGAACCAAUUCUAGAACCCUCUCCUGAAAGAACUCCAGUGGAGUCACCUCAGGAAUCUCAGUCUGAUAGCUCUGAAAGCUCUAUGGCUUCUUCCAUUGGAACUCAAGAAGAAGAAGUUUCACCUAGAAAUGAUUUCAAGAGGAAGGCUGUCAUGGAAGAAUCUUCUGAUGAGGAAACUGAAGAUGAUGAUGUUCCUCUGGCCAAGAGGCAAAGAAUUCAAGCAAUCCAAGUUGAGGAAGAAGUUAAGCAGGAUGAAUGUGAGAUUAUUGGGAAUGUGCUCCAAGUCAUAAGGGAAUCUGCAGAAGCUGAAGAAUCCACCGAUUCUGAUGUAGAGCCCAUAGACAAGAGGAUGAAACUGCCUCUGAAGGUUCCACUUCAGAAGAAGGAGUCAGAACCAAAGCAAGCAUCUGAGAAUGUUGCAGAGGUACAAAGAGAAAGGAGAUCAAAGAUAGCUUCAGAUCCUGCAAGGACUGCUAAACUCACCAGAUCUACCAUACUCAGAGAUUCAAGUAAGGAACUUACUAAAAGCAUUAAUUUAGAUUCUGCUUUAGUAGUUAUUCCUGAACAACCUGUACCUAUAUCUACAUUCCUGCCAACCUCAACCCAAACAGUUCCACCUCAAACAGAACCUCACACACAAACCUUAUCUCAAGCAGAAACACAAGCUCCUCACUUCAACACCCUAACUGCUACCACUUCCAUUCCAUCCAUCCCAAUUCAAACCUCCUCCACAUCCACCACCACUGAGUCUGUACCUCUUUUCAAUUCAUUCAUCAAGGGUAUCGCUCAGAGUGAGGCCACCUUGAGGGACUUGGUUCAACAAUUCACACCCAAACCUCCAUCCACCUCAAGAAUCCUUCUGAUAACUGAAUCUGGAGAGAUUCCUGCUGAGAAAGACGAUGAAGAUGAGGAUGUUCAGAUUCUAGAACCUCCUUUCAAUGUGCAACCUAUCCAGCAGGUAGCCUCCUACUUUGAAGAUGUGCUCCUAGAUGUUGUUGCUGAGUCCUCCUAUGUGUCCUUGUCUCACUACUCCACAGUAAACUCAAGAGAUCUGAGUUUCACCUCACCUGAGAAGAAUGCUACAUCUAGGCAAAGACAAGAGACCAUUCCUGAGAUUGAACGCAUGGAUGACUCAGAUCAUUCUGGACAAGGAAAAGCUCAUGUGAAUGAAUCAAUGCCUUCAGGGCAAAUGAGAACUGAAAGUUCUAAUGCAUCAAGUUCUAAUGCAACCAACAUUCCUCAGCCAAUCAUGGAUCUGACACCCUCCUUCCGGCCAAAGAAUCUUAUUCAGCUCAUUCAGGAGCAGAGGGUGUUACACAAGGUUUGUGAGCCCAUGAGAAGGGCAAUGGCUGCAAGAAAUCAUGUUGUCUCUGAACGUACCUCAGAAGAUGCUGAUAUGAUUUCAGCAGAGGUUGCAGAGGACAGUGCUGAAGAGAUCAUUAUUCAUGAGGCUGCAGAGGUUGAUGAAGUUCAGAUGGAAAUACCUACUCAAGCUGCGGCAGAAGUUCAGGCACCUACAGAUGUUCCUAUUCAAGCUCCAGAACCAGCUUCACAUCCGGAAGUUGCUCUCCUGGCUGCCAGAAUUGAUAGGAUACAAGAUGAUCAGCAGAGGCUGUUUCAGAUGGUUGAGCAUCAAGGCAUCAUUCAGAGUGAACAAAGUCGGCAGAUUCAGGAAUCUUCAAGCAGAAUGGAGAAUAUGAUGAAGUAUCUGAACGAGAAUCUCCCAUCUUCAUCCAAGCCUUGA